UUCGAUUCAAAACAGGUUCGUGCUUCAUAUCCAGUGGGCAAGAGAGCGUAAAACCUUCGAGGAGUUGAAGUGAGCCGCGAGUUUCAGAAGGAAAACGUGAGGAAAGCGGACUUUUGAGCUCUCUGGCAUCUCUCCGUUUCAGCAGCGAAAGGCAGCAACGCCGGGCGACUGUCCUCCGCAGUCUGACUGGAAGAACAUCAGAAAACGAAGAAGAAGAAAAAGAAGGAACCGAGGGACGGAAGACGAGGGAGAAGAAAGAUGAAGCAGAGACGAGUAAAGUGCGGGAGGAGAAGGAGAAAGGCGAGGAAAGGAGGGGGAAAGUGCGGUAUCGAUCGGAUGAGACAGACUCUGUCCGACGACUCCUUACUAACUGAGCUCAGUCUUGCAGGUUUUCGCGAUUUAUACACAAGAGCUGAACCCGUAGCGGUCGAAAGAAUGAACAGUGCCCUUGUGUUCCAACAGGGUCGACUCAUGCCAGGCAUCCACACCUGUGGUCCAUCGUACCGUACAGGGGAGUUUCCUCGGGUGGCUAGGCAUCGCCUUUCGCAGCCUGUGUGACUUUGUAGACCCGAAACACGGAGAUCUCUACAAAUUUUCGCGCGUUUCUUCUCAAAUGCCAUCAUGAAGAAGAGACAAAUGUGAAAAGUGAGUGACCAAUUGCUGUGUGUCUGUGUCUAGAUCCGUGCUGCUUUCUCUCGGGGCUGGCUGGGGUUCGUAGUGGACGACGUCUGUGGCUUUUUCAGCAGCUUCGAACUGUGUGUUUUCUCCUUCUUUUUGUAUUAAAUAUAGAGUGGCGGGGAAUUUUUUUAAAUCUGGUUAAACUGUUUUUGCGAAUCCACUCUUCGUUGAAAAACAACAAAUUCUAGUUGCCUCGGCCUUCUCUCACCAGCCGACGUCCCCCGCGCCACAUCGAGCUGUUCCUUCCUAGCCCCUCAGCGUUUUUUAGAGCGUCGGACAUCUCUUUUUGGUGUUCGUGUCCUUUGAUGAUGUGCCAAGUAAAAGGGAUUCUAGGGAACCUGUUUUGCCACGGAAAGCCGUGUUUUUCACGAAAGAAGCCUUUGGACUGUCUGACAAGCCCUUCAACACCUCUGAAUGGAUCGAUGCUAUCCGUCCAGUCUCUGAAGACCAUCGACAAGGUCCUCGGCAGAGUCGUUUGUUUUCCUUCCUCGUGGCUUUCUUGUCUGACGUAUCUCCAGGCGUCGGCAACUCCUCUCUUCCCCUCGGCGUCACUUGCAGCUUUCUCCUUCCGAUUUUUUCUGGGAUUCCUGCUGUCUGGGGGACAUCGUAGCGCGUCAGCCGCGCCGCAGUGUGUAGCGCUGGACUGAGGUGUUGGUAUGCGGAAAUGAUAUUUCAGAAGGCACCGGCAAGAAGGCCAAGUGUAAGAGAGUCCACCAUUCUCCCUCCUCAGUUCUUUACGGGGGGCUUGGAAAGACAGCGCAACGCAUUUUUUGCAAGAGCACAGAGACGCUCGUUCUGAAGUGGGUUCUGAACAGAGGCGCUUGCAUUUUCAGAGCGGCGUGUCGGUGUGCUGCUCUGGUCGAGGGCGGUAAGUCGUUAGCUCUGUCGAGCAGUUUCUGAAACUUUUUUCCACUUCUUUUCGUCAAACCCAGACAACUGGUUCAUACCCCUGGAGUCGAGCAGGAACACCGCUCGGUUGUCAGAGGAACUCCUCAAAGACAGAGCCCGGCCGGAGUCGGUCUUCGUCAGCCGACAAAUACAAAGGGCAAGACUCUCGCCGGGACGGAUUCUUGAAAUCACACAUAUCGUUCAAGUCGUGGAGGUCGCCGAGACGAUCAGAGUGUCAACUUUUGCCCCCGAGAAACGGAGGCGGUCACUCGGCGGUGAGGGUGAAGAACGCGCGCAGUCUAUCCUUGUCUGUCGCUUUCACUUGCCCAGUUGAAGAAAGCGCUCCUAACAGAGGGAGACCAGUCGCAGACCUCAGAGGUGGCGACCCGCGCUGCAGAAGCAGGUAGAAAUGACAACGGAGAAGACCGAGGAGGAGAACAGGGCGCAUCGGGAGAAAGGGGACAUCGAAAAGCAAUGGUGAAUUCAAGUUCUUGACACACACUGCAACACGUGAAGGUUGGCAAAGCUCGGCAGACUGCUCUAACGCGAGUGUUGUGUCUUCGACGUUUCGUCUUGGAUCAGGGGAGGAGGAGAGAAGACCACGAAACCCUUCACUUUCUCACAAGCGGCAAAAAGUCUGUUGCUUCCACGGGAGACUCGGACCGGCUCUCCCAGGUUUCCUCAGGAUUUUCCCGCAACAAUGAACAUUUUUCUCCACGGUGUGUCGUCGCCGAUACGAGAGAAAGACCCUGUUUUUCUGUGCCUUCUUCGUUCAGUUUUCUUCUUUCUUGGGGGGUAGAUGGACACGGCGUCUCGCCGCAAGACCGAAGAAAACAUCGCACGUGGGGGGGAGAAAGACUCAACGGGCUUUGUCGAGAAUCAAGGUUCUUCGCUGAAGGCUCAGGUGCUUCUCCAGAGAAAAUGGAGGCUCUGAGUCGCGGUAAACUUCCAGGAAGCAACGAGGACAAAAAGGCCUCCUUCACACCUCCGGCGGUCUUCAGCGAGCACCGACGAGGUGUCUGCGAGAACAGGAAAGAGGCAAGUGCCACGGGGGAUGCGAUGUUGUCGUUUCGCUUUCCCAGAAGCCGAGGUACUGCCUCUGGUACCCCGACAGACUCACCAACAUACGCGCAAGAGGGUUUUCUCGUCUGUGCAAUCGAGGAAUCCACAGGGCGCACGAAAGAGGCAGAAGAAGUUUGGGGAGCACAGGAAUUUGACCAUGCGGAAGAGGAGUUCCGUCAGGGAGCAGAAUCCAGAGAGGACAGACAAGGCUGUGGCGGGGCAAGAGUCCAAGCUGACCGAGCGCUGGACAGCGAGACUCGUUCGUCCGAACCUAACGCGUCGGUUUCACGUCCUGUAGAGGACGAGACACCUCGUCGCUCUGCGGGUGAAGAUUCAGACGAAGAGGAGGCGCCUCGACCGCCGCCUCUUUGUCUCUCGUCUGUCGCCACAUGCGCUGCUGUGCCCCCUUCGCCUGGAAUCCUGCGCCCUUGGCUCCACUCGGCUUACCCUCCGUGCAGCAGAGCCGUUUCCAGCAGAGACAUCGUCCCCCCGUACCAACUGCUUCCUCUCCGAGGCAAACCACGCGGAGGAGACGUUCACCGUGGCCGCGCUUCCCCGCUGUUCGACGAGACUCUCUCUCGAUCUCUGGGUCUCUCGUCGGGAGAUCGACUUGCUGAAACGAGAAGAAGGGAGAGCGCAGGAGCUGAACCCCUCCCAAACAAUGAGUUUCUUGUCAAUCGUUCGAGCAUGCGGAGUGCCGGGCAGCGCCACCUUGAAGGACGACGCAAGAGGGACGGAGACAGAAUUGGAGACACAGCUUCACGGGAGACGAAGGCAAGAGGGGUGGAGAGAGAGCCCGCCGGGAGCGGUCUCCCCGACGCUCGCGCUGGAGGCUACGGCGAGGACGCGGAAUGUAGAGAAACGAAGACGCGGCCGAGCGGCGUCUGCGACCUGGGGCGCGACCCAGGUCGUGUUCUUUCGAGUUCUCGGUGCUGUGCAGAUCCCGCUGUGGUCGCCGCGCGUGGGUUGCCGGCGAAUGGAAAAGAAGAGGAAACUCUCGUCGUUUCUCCCUGGUCUGAACAGCUGGGCGAACCGUCGCUUUCUCCUCCAAAGCCUUGUCUUUCGUCACUGCCCAGGUCAUGUUCUUCUCCGUCCUUCUCUGGCUCACCCUCCGUCGUUCAGCCGCAGACGUCAACGCCGCUUCCUGGAAGAAGAGGUCGCCACAGCAAAACUGUGUGUUUCUCAGAGACAACAAUAGCUGGUUCCGUGGCCCCCUUUUCUCUCGUGGCGAGACAACGCGAAGAAAGAAGGCGUCGAGAUGCACAGCUGGCGAAGGUGCUCUUCCGGUGGAUCGGUCCUUCUGCAGGGAGCCCAGAGGGGUUGGAGGAUGACAAAGAGAAGUACAUGUUCCCCUCAGUUUUCUUUCCUCGCGCACGGCGCCAGUCCGGGCUCGCGUCUCCGCCGCUCGCGUUGAUAAAGCGGCAGCAAAUUGUUUCAGCCUUCUACGCGCAGAAGGACAGGCGCGCGGCUCGACGAUGGCGGUCGCUCUCGACAGACAAGCAGCGGUCGGGAAGGACAGCUCGGGGACAGAGCGCCGGCGCGGCGAGAGGCCAGGAGGAACGAAAAACUUUAAACGAAGCCGAGAUGAGUCUGCUCGAACCCCAGGUUUUGUUGACCAGCGAAGAUCUGUCUGUGCUGCCGGGUCUCUGGGGCUGGCCGUGGUACCACGCAAUCUACGGGGGGUUAGGUCAGGGACAGGCAGCCCAACAUGAGUUGAUUCAGCUCCGAGAUCAGCGGAGAAAUCUGUCGAGAGAGGUACAGAAGAUCGUCCCGGCACUCACGGAAUGGCGGGAAACUGUAGAGGCGGAACGCGAUUCUCUGGUGAGUUUGGAGAGAACGCGAGAGGUUCUGGAGGCCCGAACUCGCGAGAAACUUGCCCUGAUUGAAGAGGAGAUCGACAGUGAGAAGCGGCGCGCGACGCAUCUCAAGGCGCUUCUGCAGGAGGCGAGGGAGGAAAACGAAUCCCUUCACGCCCUCCUCCCAGAACGAGAGGGACGGAUACGCCAGCUACAAGACGCCCUAAGGGAUAGGGCCUGGGAGUGGACUGAGAGCGAGGAGCGUCUGUUAGGAGAAAAACAGGACCUCGAACUCAAACUCCGAGAACAAGAAGAACGUCUUAGAGUGCAGGACGCGCGCACGAAAGAACAAACCGCCCUCAUCUCAGCCCUCUCCGAACAAGCAGACGGCCGCCGAGGAACUCCUCUUGGCAAGCGACUGUUCGACUUCCAAGCAAACCGAGCCACAGACAAGCGAGAACCAGAGACGGCACAUGGAGUCUUUAGCGCUACGACUCACAGGGAACGUAGGUCAUCAAGCCAUCGGCAAGAGAUGGAUUCCAUAGAGAAGCUGAGAGAGUUGUAUGUCAAGGCAGAAGAUAAGUCACGACAUCGUUCGCGGCUGUCCGAGCGUCGCACUGUGACGCUUGCGUCUCCGGUAGGGACGAGAGCCGCUUCGGCAUUCGAGGAGAAGAAAUGCGUGAAAGCGAAACCCGAGGUUUCUGCAAGAGCGAGAAGUCGUGAGGUGGAUCGGCUGGAGCAGAAAGCACAAGCUCAUCCAGACGACGAGACACUGUCGGAUAUCAUGCGUCGAAAAGUGAAGCAAACCCUGAUGACACGCAUCGACAGGCAAUCUCGCGAUUUAGCAGAGUUGCUCCAUGACCCGCUGCUCGACCGAAGCGUGAGUCUGUCGCAACUCGAAGCGCCGAGCCGGCCGACGUCCCCCGCCGCGGCUGCGGCCGCGCGGCGGGCCGCCGCCUGGCUAGGUGGGCCCGAGGAGUCCCCCGAAGGAACCGGAGUGGGCCGGUUAAUUUCUGCGGCGUAUCUGAACUCGUACAAGCAUGCGAAGGAGCGACUGCCGCGUCUCGUGCCUGACCUUCCCGAGGACGUCCUAAAGACCCCGAAAUAUGCGUUCGGAGACUUCUCAAGAAGGACCUCGGAUCGCGUGGGACCUGGCCGGCGCCUCCUGUCUCCUCGGGCGCCACAGGCGGUCGUGCGUCCGCAAAUGGCGGACCAGGACGUCCGGACCGUCCCCUCAAUGCUCUUCGUGGGCCGCGGGGAGCAGCGAGAGAAGGGCGAGGGGAGAGCAGGCGUUGUAGAUUGGGAUGCCCACCGCGACGUUGGAAAAAUGAAGGACAGAGAACUCACCAGAGAAGAAAUCAUUCAGAGAGCAUUCGGAAAAGCCGCAAUGCCGCACCAGUUCUCCGCCGCGCGCUCGACGCCGCCUUCCAGGGGGAGAGCGGAGACAGGAGAGCAGAGCCCCGAGGCCCAGAGCGCCCGUGGGAGACACAGGGACCAAGGGGACGGAGACACCGAGGAGCUGACAGAACUGCAACAAAUGCGAAGAGCCAAAGCAGAAGCUCUGCUCCUUCACCUGAAACUCGGUGUCGCCGCAACUCAGGCAGACCUAGAGGCCCUCAAGUCAACAGUCAAAAAACAGAAAGAUGCCCUUUCAGAGCGUCAUCGGGCCUAUCUUCUGGCGAGAUAAAUACCAAGUCAAAUACUAGAAGACCCGAUGGGCCGCAGUCCGAAUAGGCGAGAGAGGCGUUGGCAUUAUUCGUAUGAAAACGCGAUUUGAAAAACCUGCCUUCUAGCUUACGAAGGCAUGGAAAGACAUCUUUCUCCGUUCGAUGUCGAGCAACCAAGAGGCCCCGACGCGAGUCAAGAGCUCCGCUGUCUCUGAUGUGUGCUGAGAAAAGCCGGACAGAAGCGGGGAAGUCGAACCGGGUAUCACGAAAGUGACUGAGGAAAUGCAAAGGUGCUUUGAAUACGAUAUGCUUGGAGAGAUGAAACGAGUUAUCACAAACAUUGGUCUGAGGCGCGAAGGUUCUCCAAGAGUUGGCGUUUCCGAGGCGGAGGUAUCCGAGGAAUAGGGGUUUGUGUUUUUGUAGAAAUGAGGGGAAACCUGUUUUUCUGCUUUGCUGUCCUUUGGCGUUCUGCGGCUGCUAACACGUGCAGGACGUCAGAGCACGGAGGCCCUUCUCUGACUGCAGGCGAUCUUCUGAGAUAUCCAAGGUUGGAGCAUAGACUCGAGAUUCGAGGUUGAUAGAGAAAAAUGUAGGAAACUGUACAGGCUCAAGAGGACCCAUUUGUUUUCGUGUAGGCUUUUUCGACAUUUCUGUUCACUUUUCGUUGAAGAAUAGGGAGGCGUGGUUUCUUGAAAGCGCCGCUAGUUGACGCCUUUCGUGCCAGUCUGCAAGCGUUCUGAGUUCCCGUGAACUUCAGAAAAACGCACAAGAUUGAACUGUAUAGAGCCGAGUACUUCCAGAAAAGUCUAAUGUUUUUCGACACCCUAUUACACGUGCUUUUCUUUCGCGGUAGUCUACCAGCAGGCGGGGAAAGAGACCCGUAACCCUAUGCGGCAGCAGAUCCCCUUUAUUUGCACAGGGAAAUCAGGAAAACUGUUCAAGUAUAUGGUAGCGACAUCUGCAUGAGACCCGCCUGUGGGCCGUGUACAUACGGCUGAGCUCGUAGAUAUACAGAGUGUCCUGGAACGUCUACUACUCGUGUAGACAGAGAGGAAUUCGGCGCUACGUUUCAAACGCAUUUGACGGUGCACAAUGUCUGAACCGUGACCAAAGCUCAUUUUCUACAACGACACUCGAUGAACGUGACAGAGAAUCCAGAUCAGAUGCUCAACAAGGCGCCGAGUGGCACUCCAGCCGCGCAUCAUUCGCAGAUUUCGUCGCCCUUUCGCUACUAUCCCUGCAGUUUCUUCCUGGCGGAAACGGCGUCAGCGACGCAAAGCAGCAAAAACACAACACCACCACGAAAUGGAAAUGCCCGGAAAACACACGCCCGACCGCUGGAGACUCUCCACGGUGUACCCUGGCGGUGUCCCACAUCGGAGAACGAAACUCCCUCACAACUUU